UGGAAGUUCUCUGGUUGUUCUCUGCAGUUCUGUCCUGCUUCUCCUUUUCAAUGGCACGCUUGCUGGAACCGGUACCUUUAAAUAUUGCCAGCCGCCUUUGUGUGGCAGAGGAAUGAAGCAUAUUGCCUGCAAACAUAAUGGAGAGCUGGGCAAGGCUUGUCCCAUCUCUACCCAGCUGAUAAACAUCUCAGGCCACCAGGCGCUCAUUCUACAUGAACAUAACACGCUGCGCAACACGCUGGCAAGUGGAAAACUCUUCGAUUUGCCUCCGCCAGAGAGGAUGGCAACAAUGCAGUGGAGCGAUGAGCUGGCCAUGUUGGCCGAACUGAAUGUGAAGCAAUGCCAGAUGGUCUACGAUCCAUGCCACAACACCUAUCAGUUCCGCAACUCCGGUCAAAAUCUGGCGAUACAUAACAUGACUAUGCCAGUUGAUACCACACGUAUGACGGACGAUCUAUUGAUCAAGGAAUCCAUAACCAAAUGGUGGGAUCAGUACGAGAAUCUAACAGCGGCGCGCUUAGAGCACUUCCCCAAGGAUAAGGCUGUGCAAGAGGGUCUACGAAACUUUGCUGUCAUGGCCCGCGAUUCCAACACCCAUGUCGGCUGUGCUGCUAUACGCUUUGACCGGGAAAAUGUCCAACAGUUUCUCUUGGCCUGCGACUAUUCCGCCAACUAUGCUGUUGACAAGCCACUCUAUCGCCUCAAGAAUGUUGGCUGUCAAAAUGGUUACGACAAGGUCUUCACAGCCUUGUGUAAGGAGGGCGAGCAGUAUAGGGAUGUGGAGCCACUGGAGACAACCAGCAAAAAGCCAGCAAAGUAGACAACAAGUGAUUGUUAUAAAAUAAAAGUGCAGCCAUGUUUAGGCUUUUAGCAUAACCCUCAACAAUUUGUACUUUUAUAAAGGCAUCUGGUGGAGUGAGUAGACUAUCUUGUGGGAUUGAGUCGUGUGAAGAGGUUGUUUAGAUACAAAAUGCUUUUUAAAAA